GCACGGUGGGUAUCGAACCCGCGGCCUUCAAUGAUCCUGUCUCAUCACUGCUUUAUUUUUGUAUACAGUAGAUAACAAAGUCAAACCAUUGACUGCUGUGGUAGCAAUUACAGAUAUAUCGCCCUCAAAGACUCCUGCCAAAGCUCAACAUUCUAAAAGCAUCACGAACAAUACGUCUCUUGCAGAAGUUCAAUCUGGAGUUCAAGUCAACAAAAAUAAGGAGUCGACAAGGCUUUCUGAGUCGAAUAAAGCAAUUCUUGAUACAAACUUAUUGAAUACCAAAACUGAAAACGAUUUAGCGCAGAGUGCGGAAAAUUUUGCAAACAAAGCGUGUAAAGAAAAUGGAGUAGUAGAUUCGUCACAUCAACAAAAAACCUUGCAAAAGGGGGCAAAGAAAUGCUUAUUUAACCAAUCUGAGUUGAAGCAUUCUGCAGAAGAAAACGUCAGUCCUCUGCGUAAAGUCAAGAAUUGUGUAUUGCAUCAGAAAGAGACAGAAAAAGAAAUUAUUCUGAAUUCAGAAAGUGAGAUUGACAGUGUUCCUUUGAACAACGUAACUGAGGAUUCCAAACUGCGCACAAGUGAAUGUAAAAAGCCCACUGAAAACAAAAAGGAACUUUCUGAUAAAGUGGAUCAGGAUCAAUUUGUUUGUAACUCUGACAAUGCAGAACAACAUUCGCCUGUAACGGCAGAGGAAUCUCUCGAGAAACAAUCUUGUUUUAGUUGUGAAAGAAAAACCAUACAUUCCACAGAAGACAGGAACACAGAAAGCAUUUACCUUGAAGAUAAAAAGAGUAUUUUAUCAUUAACAGACAAUGCUCCAUUCAAAGAAAUAGUAAGAUCACUUUCUGUUGAUAACUGCUGUUCAAGUCUGGUUGGUGCGAACGAAAAGAAAGUCGUUUCAGUUUCAAUGGAUGUAAGCCUAGAAGGGACAAGAAGAAUUGAUGCAAUGGAAGCAAUAGAUUGUUCGGAAAAUCAAAAGGCCGUUAGUGAUUGUAGUGACAUUAAAACAGAUUACGAAGGAAUCAAUUGCCAGCAACAAUCAGAAACCAAAAACACGAACGAAGAAAUGGAUUCAGAAGUGGGGAAUGUUUCAGAAGAUCCAGUAAAUGAAGAUGUCAGGAACAUGUCUGAAGACAGCAAUAAGAUGUCUGAAGACAGCAAUAAAGGUACUGUAUGUUUUCAGCCAUAGGGUGUAUAAUAAAAUACUACAGUUCUAAAAUGUCCAUUAAACUGAAAAUUCCGCACUAUUGCUGGCAGCUACAGUGGCAGGGUUCGCAAUAGAAUUCUGAGUAGGAGGCUUUUUGAGAGAAAAGGGGGGUUAUGUGGUAUAUUAGAGAGGUUAAGUUACCCCGGUUCCGUUUUACGGGUACGACUAUCGCCAUUUUGUUUACCAAUUUUUGCUGAUGUCAGCAUUUUUACCCGUAAUUUCUACUCGUUUCCCCGUGGUAAACCACGGUCUACACGUAAAAACAAACGGGUACGGGUGUUUUCUGUUUACUAUUUGUGGGCCGUUUAAAUAGUAAGUAUUUUCAACAUCUUACCCAAAUAAAUAAUGCACUUACGCUUGUCAACGUUUUCAACAAUCUAUGGCGAACCUCAACAGCGAAAUUUGCCAUUCUCUGAUAGGUUUACUCACGCCGGAAUAUCUUGAAUUUCUUACGUUACAAGUCGUUCCCCGGUUUAGGGGUACGUGUAUAUCACCCGUACCCGUAAAGCGGAGCCGGGGUAUCUUAACCUCUCUAUUGAAUAUACAGUACCACUCUCCUGGAAGGAGAUAUGAGAUAUGAAGAUUUUGAAAUUUGGACCUCCCAUGUGGAAAGUUGUUUUGGAGAUUUUGUCUUGAUUCAAAUAUUUAACGAAGAAUAUAUCGUUUAAGAAUUGUUAUACACUGCAUGUAAGCAAGAAACAUUUCCCUUGAUAUUUCUGUGGUAAACAAGCAAGUACUUGGGGUUAGAAUUUCGAGAGAUAAUUACUGGUAAUUGUCUACGUAACGUUAUAUAGACGGCGUAAAUCGCCGGGUGCCGGCUUCUAUUGGAAACCCUGAGAUGAUAUACAAUACAUGUAGAUAGUUUGGCGUCUUCUGGUAUCUCUAUCGCCAUUUUCUUCCGAAAAGUAAAAUUUCGAGUGUAUGACAUAAACUUAACCAAUUGUUUGGCAAGACACAUCAGUGAUUAACUGCUUUUUCUUUUGUUAUGCAUGUACUGCUUUAAUUACGUAUGAAUUGUGGUAAAAUUUGAUUUCGACAGGCAAUUUUUUAUCGUCUCAUGCAAUUUGGUUAUUUUUGCUCGGAAUGAAACGAGAAAGGUGUCAUCCGAAAGCCUAAAACUCUAAUCUUUAUAUUGAUAAGUAAAAUGAAAUCUGAGCAUACUAUAUUGAGCGCGCUAAGUUGGAUUACCUUUCUUAUACACCCUAGUAUAGAAUGAAAUGUGAUUGGUAUCAAAUCAUAGAACAUGAAGAUGAUUUUGCUGUUAAAACGUCGUUCAUUUCGUUGUUCCCUUGCUUAAAUUCUAUUUUUUUGCGUUGGUGUUAACUUUGCUACAUGACUAACUGACGAGAGCCUAAGGAAGCGAUGGUUUUGACUUCAAUUAAAACAGAAGUCAAUCUCACCGUUAUACAUGUAGAUGGAACGGAAGUGACGGAAGUCGGUCUAGCCGCUAUACCUGUACAUGUUGUCGAUAGCGAGUAUUUGCGACGGCCGUUCUUGUUUGAAAUCACGAACGUGAAACGUCAUUGACUGCCGUUCUUGAUUAUCUUUAACGACUCCAUUGACUUCCUUUGGCGUCCGUGUUGUCAAAGACGUCGCUUGCUUAAGCUCUCUGCUAGAAAGAAAACAUCAACUAACACAACUGCAAAAUAGCAUAAGGUAAUCUACAGUACGCGGGCAAUGUUUAAAUCAAAUAUUUAUAAUAAUAAAUAAAUUAAGUCGAAAAAUAUUUAGUAAAAAUGGGUGAUACUGAAUAUUAACAAAGCUGUCUUGCCUCCACUUGCUCAUCAUCGUUCCAGGCCAUAUCGGCGCGUGCUACCUUCAUAGGCCCUGGAAGUGCAGGAAAACUUGCAGUAAUUUCUAAAGCGCAUACUCUUGAAUUGGGACACUUUGGUACCUGUAAUAAUUUUCAUAGAGAACUAUUACGAAGAAACGAAGUAUUUGUGUAAUUAUUAUUUUGAUAGAAUAUUAAUUAUUUUGAUAGAAUAAUUUUGCGGGAAAUAGCAGCUCAAUUUUCGGGAAAUAGCAGCUCUCUGAGAAGCCAAUCAGAUCUCUCUCUUUAGUCGUCUAACCCAGAGCCUAAUUUUCAACAAGUGACCGAGUGAAAAUGUCUCUGCGAACAAGAAUGACACUUGCUCACACAUAAUACGUACAAUUCAUAAAUACAUCGAUAGAUAUGUACAGUACAUGCUUGCGUCACGUAAUUGACUCCAGUUGCCUGUUGUUCAAAGUUGGAUUAGCACUGACCCUGGGUUAAACUUUAGCAUCCAUUUGUUCAGAACUUCAGAAAAUAAAAUUCUCAUUGAUCCGUACAAGAUUUCUGAAGAAAUAUUUCCAAGUUUGUAAACAAGCUGUUGCGAAGCUUUCUGUGUAUUUUAGGUUAACCUAGGGUUAAGCUAACCAGCUUUUGAGCGCUAAGUACCAAGCAGAGAGCUGCUCAUAGAUAUCUUAUAUACGUUAGAUAGCGCAUCUCUUUUAGUAAAAUUGAAGCCAAGAAUAUUCCUGCGGUUACCCCCAUUUGAAUAGAUGGCGGCCAUGUUGGAGUUUUCCACUCGCUAAUAAACGCUUAAAAAACAACAAUAACUUUCAUCAUUUGAAUAGUUCGAAAAUGUAUUUGGAAUAGGUUUAACUUAAUGUUUAAGUUCCCUGUUUAAGAAAUAGAAAACAUACGAGUCUUCUCAUUUCAUGGGAGUCUGCAAUCACGGCUUCAAUAUUUGAUUUGCAGAAUAAUUAGAUGCACUAUCUAGUGUAUAUAAGAUAUCUAUGGAGCUGCUGCAUGUAAGUUCAAACCCCUAGCAUACCUGCUGCACCUCCUAAGGUACAACUAAAAAUCUUGAAUAAUCACACCCUGAUGUGGUUACUACUGUUUAUUUAGAUGUCCGUACUGACACUGAUGAUCAAUCCGACAGUGAUAAAUGCGAUGGUGAUUCUUCUGAUGAAGAGUUAUUUAAUCCAGUUACCUUCCUCUGUGAUACCCGUAUCAAACCUGAUGUAAGAACACCAGAGAAAGCGAUGACUCCAAUAACAGGCAGUCCUCUUACUCCUAUCAGUCCUUAUGUUACUCAAGCCAAGGCAGCUGUACGUCUCAAGUAUUCUCUUGAUAAGCUGCUGUCAGAGAAACCAAAACAAGUUGAGAAAGAGAAACAAUUGGCUAGAUUACAGUUGGCUAUGCAACAAGCCAUUCAAACUGGUAUGUUGGUGCUUGCCUGUAUUUAUAAUUCUAUGAAACUACAGUACUGUAGUGUGUAGUUUUACUACAGUACCAUGUCAUCCAUUUGGGCCGGGGUCCAGAAAUUCCGCAAACUUUAUGCAAGCAUGGGCAGUCUGGGGUCUGCUUGUAUUUUUAUCACUGAAAUUAUUCUGAAAAGUACAUUUUCGAGUGCCAAGGGGCCACAAAACAAGCUGUUUUCCCAGGUUUCAGUGAAUAGGUGUUCUUUAUAUAGUGUCAAAGCCUCAAUAAUUCACCUUGGGCCAGUUGUUCAAAUGUGAGUUAGAGAUAACCUUCCCGUCUUAAAAUUUAAUCCGCUAUUUUACCGUUUAUGUAUUUGUGCAAGUCUGAUUAUUUCAAAAUUUCAGAGAAGUAAACUCCUAUAAUAAAUAGACCCCUAGCAUAGCUGUGGCACCUUCUAAAUAGGAGUUUAGAAGUAAACUCUAUCUAUCCAGCCAAGAUUUCUGAAAAACAUUUCCAAAUUUAUAAACAAGCUGCCCCUGGUUUGCUUUGAAUUUUAGAUUAACCCAGGGUUAAGGUAAUCGGCUUUCGAACAACCUGCCCCUGGUAUUCCAAACUGGUUAACAUAUAGGCUUGUCAAAGCGAUGUUUGUCUAGUGUCUUAAGCCCUUUACCGUACAAAACGUUUCCAAGAAUUCUAUAACUGAAUUUGUGCACGUUUUUGUAGAUUUUCUAUCUUUAUCCCUUAAUACUAAAUGAAUAUCUUCUCCUCAACGACUUGCAAACCGACCGGUAGACAUGGUGAAAUUCUUGAAAGAACUUUGUAAAAACUUUAUGCAAGCAUGGAUAGUCUUGCCAUACGUGAAGCCUCAACCAGAAUUUUUGUAAAUUCGGGUUGAGACUGCACGAAGGCUAGGGUGGUCUGGGGUCUCCUAGUAUUUUUACCACUAAAAUUAUUCUGAAAAGUGAAUUUUCGAGUACAAAAAACCAUUUGAUCUUGAGCAUAAAAUGCAAGGUUCAAAUUAAAACAAUAUUUAAACUUUUUGUAAAGAGUAAUGUAUUAUAUAAUAACUACAGUGAAACACGCAAUUUGAUUGGUCAACAGCUGUGCAGGAUCAGACAAUCCUGCACGGGAAAUUCUGAACAGAAAUUCUUGCACAUAAUUUUACAAAUAUACUCGCAUUGUAAAGUUUCAUUGUACGAUACCUUUGGACUUUGAAGUAAGUUUCCAAUUAUUGAGACGUUGGUUUAGUUGUAUGAAUAAAUUUCUGAUCGAUACAUUGCUAUUCAGCAAGUAGCAACGCGUAGCGUUGAAAUUCAUCUGACCAUGGCAUGCAAGUACAACAUCUCUCGCUUCAAAGUUGAUCAAACGCUUCGCAAUCUUCACAUAUUCAGGUCGAUAAUCUUCAAAACUACUUUGGCUCUCUGUUUAGCGGGUUUUCCAUUUCAAAUUUCGUAUAUUUUAUCGAAAAAGUCCCUGUAUUUUCGCUGUAUCUUUUCGCGAAUUUGCGAUCAUAUUCUGUUCACAUAUGUUGUUGUUUUCAAUAGCGUAGAGUAGCGAUUCUCUGAUUGGUUAAUUCACGAAUGUUGUGAGAACUGCACAUUUCAUCAGUAAUUUUAAUCAAGUUAAGCGUCGUUUCACUGUAGUAAUUUUAUAAAACAAUUACCAAAUGGUUUUCCCGUGCAGGAUAGCAUGAUCCAUGCACUUGGGAUGUUGCUCGACUUUUGGAAAGCGUAAAAAUACACUCGCCUACGGCUCGCAACAUCCCGCGUGCAUGGAUCACGCAAUCCUGCACGGAAAACCAUUCGGUAUUCCUUUAUGAAUGAAACCAAUCAUGCACAUAAUGAGUCAUGCGUGUGAUUAAUUAUGCGUGAAAGGCUACUAUGAAAAAAGUCCGGUUUUAGAGGUCGCGCAUUGGACUUAAUGACUGUAAAUCAAAUUGUAUGAUACUUUGAUACAGUAGUUCAUAAAACACCUUCUAAGUUUGCACCCUAUGAAUUCAAAUUGCGUUUUAAGCCUUCCAUUUUUGUGUGCAAGCAUUUUGAAGUUGUUUUUUUAAACCCUCCUACGCUCGAAAAUUUACGUGGUAGAGAUACUAGCGACCCCAAACUACCCAUGCUGGCAUAAAGUUUUUACAAAUAUUUCGGAAUUUGCGGUUAAUAACCAUAUAUAUCUUAUAUACACUAGAUAGUGCAUCUAAUUAUUCUGCAAUUCAAAAAUUGAAGCCGUGAUUGCAGACUCAGGAUAUUCCCAUGAAAUGAGAAGAUUGUAUGUUUUCUAUUUCUUAAACAGGGUACUUAAAGAUUAAGUUAAACAUAUUCCAAAUACAUUUUUAAACUAUUGAACUGAUGAAAGUUAUUGUUGUUUUUUAAGCGUUUAUUAGCGAUUGGGAACUACCAACAUGGCCGCCAUCUAUUCAAAAUAGGGGUAACCGCUGGAAUAUUCUUGGCUUCAAUUUCACUAAAAGAGAUGCGCUAUCUAGUGUAUAUAAGAUAUCUGUGUUAAUAACAUGAAGAUAAUCUACUUUCUAGAUGCCUAGAUAUUACUACAUGAUAUGUGCAGUGGAGGUCACUUCAUAAAAUGUUGGGGGACGCGUAUUAUAAAUAUAACAUAAAUAGGAAGAUGUAAUGCUCGUCUAUUCCUUCCUCAGGUAGAAACCCUGGUAUGGCAGACGACGCUCCGUCAGAAUAUCAAAGUAAUGUAUAAUAAAAGAGAAUAUAUUUUCUAUGUAAAAUUCUGGUCAAACCAGAGAUUGAUCAAUGUUGAUACAGUUUUUUCCUAGCCGUCAGUAAAACUCUUAACUUGAAUACUAAUAUAAUACACCCUUUUGGAAAGUACGUUAUCUUAGCUAUAGAACCAGUGAACUCUAAGGGAACUGGAACGAUAACUUGGCCGCCAUCUUUGAAGCCACUCAUGAUGGCCGCCAUGUACGUAUGGAGUGGAAAAUACGCCACCGAAAAGGCAUCUGUUUUUGAGCACUAAAUAGCUGUAUUUCAACAAGGAAAAAAGCUAAAAACUUUCAACAAUACCUGAAAUUUAAUACAAAACAUGUUUCCAGAACGUAGAGCGGUUCUAGAGUUAUUUAUUCAGGAGUCAAAGUGCGAAGUUUUUUUCGGCACGUUCAAACUUGUGUAAUAUUUUGAAUAUCAAGUUGUUACCCAGGAAGUUUUUGCUGUUAGUGGAUGUAAAAUACUUAGAACUUUCCAGGAAACCAGGUUUGAAUCUUUAAAGUUGAAGCCUUUUGAUAAAAAAGUACUUUUUCUUGCUGAUUUUCACUCAAAAACAAACUUUUGACUGAAUUUCCCGCUCCUCGAAACUCUCACUAGUCCUUUUGAAAGUUAAUUUGUUGCUCGCGAGAAGCACCAUCUUGGCUUCAGGCAAGUAUUGGGCAUGUUUAUCUACAGUUAGCGUUCCAGUGUUAUUACAGUUCACUGCUUAAAACCCAACGUCUCAAUCACGAGACUGGAUUGCUAAGAUGCAUGAUGCACAUUCCGGAAGGGUGUAUUGACUAAAAUAGUGAGCCGAAGCAAGACGGAUGUCUGAUUGCUGAGAGCAGACUGGAUUAAAAACUGUUUGGAUCAGUUUGUGGUAAUCUUCAACACAUAUAACAAAACAUAAGAUUUUUAAAGUUUUUCAAAAUGCCGCUAAAAUUAGUUACAUGUAUGCCAUUUCUGGCCUAUACUAGACUUGCUCCAAGUCUCUCUUUCAUUGUCAUAUAGUAUCGGUCCACUAUAGUGUACAUUACAUGACGUAGCACGGAGAGGCUGAGCGAGAAGGAGACUUGUCAACUUCGGAAAAUCUCGGUUCAAAACUGAACCGAAAAUGCAAGACUUGCUUUAAUUGUUUUCUGUCAUUGUUUAUAUGUAUUGAUCUAGCACAUGUAAAUAACAUGAGUUCCAUUAUAGUAAAUGAUAAAGAAAGAAAUUGAAGGAAAAGAAUUAAAGCAAGUCUUGCAUUUUCGGUUCAGUUUUGAACCGAGAUUUUCCGAAGUUGACAAGUCUCUCUUUCUCGCUCCGCCUCUCCGUGCUACGUCAUGUAAUGUACACUAUAGUGGAUCGAUACUAUAUGACAAUGAAAGAGAGACUUGGGGCAAGUCUAGCCUAUACCGGUUUUAUUAUUGACCGAUCAAUAAUUGUUUCAUUGUUGACCGGUUGCCCCCACGCCAAAGCAUGCAGUGAACAUGACGUUUUGUGGACCGGCACAUGAUACGGUUUUGACCAAUCGGCAAACAGGAAAAUUGAACUUUGACACUUAUAAUAAUUAGCACUUAUUGACUGGCGCUGAGGGAAACAGUAUAUGUUUAUGUUUUGUGGACUCGAGAGCGCCAAUGUUUCCCCAGGCGAAAUAAGUACUUUAUUAUAUUAUAUUAUACCGAGUGUCAAAAGAAUAUAAACAAUACCGUUAAAUCACUGAAGCAAAUGUAGUGAAACUCUUUACUAACUUUCAUAAACAACCAUGCUUCUCAAUUAGUACAGUAUUGUUAACUUUCAUAAACAUCCCUCUAACACGAAUUUCUGAUCUGUAAUGCGGUUUACAAGUGUGCACAUGUGACCUAAAUACCGCAUCGUGAUUUGUUUGCGCCCUUAUUAAUUAUUCAUGAAUUUUACAAAUUUAACAAUACUAAUUUAAGUUUUAAUAGCAUGCAUGCCAAUGAAGCGUGAGAUUGUCCCCACGGGCAGAGAAUACUAAUAAAGUAAACAAAUAAAUUCAUUUUACAAGUACGUUAAAAUAUUCGCAACUGAUCUGUAUGGGCAUUUAACAAUGGCUCGCGCUGCGCGCUCGCCAUUGUAAAUGCCCAUAAAGAUCAGCUGCUCAUAUUUUAAAUCGUACAUAUUUAACUGACAAACCGUACAAAGUACAAAGUAUGUAAUUUAAAACUGCAAAUAAAAAUAUUAAAAUGUCAAAGAAAUCUUGUGUUCAUCUUCGCUUUGCGAAUCUUUUUCGGUUCAGCUAUAGAGGCUGGCCGAUAUCAAACUGAUAUCGCCUCGCUCCUCAUAUGAAAAUCUACACAUAUUUUUAUUUAGACGACGAAAAAGCUCUCUUGCCAAUCCAUCAAAAGGAACUCGAGAAAUACAAGUCUGCUGACAAAGGAUUUACAGAAGAAACAUAUGGAGCAAAUCUCUUUUCUGGACUGAGGGAACCAGUCAAAGUAGGAAAAGUGACAUGAGUUAACAAAUAGAUAGCAUUUUGGCGUUGCUUGUUCAGUUGGAGAUACACAGUUAGGGUGAAACGCGGAUGCGGACGGAUAGACGCCGGGCGGACAGACGGAUAAAAGCGUAAAAUGCGGACGGUAUCAUCCGUCCAUCCGCAUUUGACCCUAUCAUCUGUUCGUCCGUCCGGCGUCUAUCCGUCCGCAUCCGCGUUUUACCCUAACCCGGGGCGAAGCACUAUAAAGAGACUGCCCAUAUCAAUCAAUCAAAAACUUUAUUUAAGCACGGUAAACUCUACAGUACAGUACAAGAAUAACAUUUUGAAACAAGAAUUAGCCGACAUAUAGCUUACACUUAAAGACAAAUAUACAAUUCACACUUAGACUUUUGCAAAUAUUAAUAUAUACUACAACAUGCUACUUAUUUACAAGAUUGCCGUGCGGGAGUCCGUUUCAUAGGGAAAAUAGGUUGUCAAUUUCUCUUUUCAAUUGACUAAGAGAGCAUAUUGCUCGUACAUUUACAGCUAACUCAUUCCACAACACCGUUUUAACUAAAACUUCGUUUACCAUAGUUCUUUCGCAGUUUUGGCACAAAUAAAGUUUUUUCAUAGUUUCUCAAGUUGUAUCCUGUGCUGCGGGAUUCGAACAAUUCACGGAGAUAAUGCCGAGUUAAUUAGCCUUUCCCACGCCGCCAUUUUUGGGUGGCUUUUCAGCCGAAGUCUGCGAGAUAAGUCCACAUAACAGCGACUUUUUAUAAUUUUUUGGACGAAUGAUGGUAAAUUUGCUUUAUAAAUGGUUAGUUUGUUUUGAAAAAUUGCUUUUCACAUUGUUUUAAUUGUCUGCAUUGGUUAACGAGAAUUAGAUACCACCCAAAAAUGGCGGAUAUUCGUCAUCGUGAGAAAGGCUAAUUCAUGAAUUGUUUUAAAUAUCAAUAUAGCUUUAUGCUUUUUUCGGCGUGUUGAACUUUUAUAUCGAAUAUAUUACCUCACAUAUAGUUAAAUUUUAAAAUAUUAUAGGUCGUACCAAGGGGGACCAACAUAUUAGCAACUUGUACCGAGUUGUACCAACUUCCACGAAGUUCGUGCCAAUGUUUGCCAGGCACAAAACAAUACAAUAGGGCUGGUGCAUGUGACAUAUAGAUUGAGAUUAGCUUUCUCGUGAGCGUGACUUUCUCGUGAACUUAUCACGUCAUCUGUAUCUACAGCUGAGCAAAUAACGGCAAAAGGUUUGUUUCAUAAAACUGCUGAAAAAUUGCUAAAGUACAGUACAUGUAUAUGCUCUAGAGGUGUGCAUCGGAUCGGAUUGGACGUUUAUAAACCGAAAAUUGGCUAAUGUUUAAAAUCCAACCCGAUCCGAUCAGAAAUUGUCUAAUCUGAAUCCGAUCUGAGUUUGAUAAAGAUUUCCGAUCCGAUUCGAAGAAUCCAUUAAUAAAAUAAAUUUCUCAUUCAAGUGGAAAUAUUUAACCAAAUAAAUAUAAAAGCAAGAAAUACAUGUCAAGAAGCUGACAAAGUGACGUGGAUAAUUAAUUCAUUUUAUUUCAAAUAUCGAAGUCCGAUCUCACUACGAAACAACUUUAUCAAUGAUCCAAUCCGAAAUGAAUAUUUCUGUUCCGAAAUCCCAACGAAUCUGAUCGGAUUUGCACACCUCUAGUAUGCUCGUACCGAAAUGUUUUGGGGAUUUUAACCACGAGGGAAUGACAUUUCCAUCCCACUUGAUGUGACCCAUUAUUUAUGCCAAACAAAGCACGCGAUUGUUCCGUUCUCUUUCUGAUAGAGGUGUGAUUGGCUUAAAUAUAUUGCGUCAGUGAAUGUCGUCAAUCAUCUGUCUGUCCUCUGUUAGAUCACGGCUCUCUACCAAUGAAAAUAAACUUGCACAUGGAAUAACGGUUGCACAUGUUUGUUUGUCAUUAAAUGACUCGUCAGUAAUCCUGAGGGUUAACAAGGUCUAUCUGCACCUCAAUAAUUUUGAGAAAAAAGAAUUUGAAAUUUUGGAAGCUCAUAACAAGUAGAUAAUUUAAACCAAAUUAGAUCUUUCACAUACUAUACACAAGAUAAUCGAAGUAACAAUAUUUUAGGCAUCCAAUCUAGCAUAUAGCUAUUGUGGGCAACAACGAAUUUAAUUUUGCAAAUAGACCGUUGUGACUCCAAAAUGUUUUCACAAUCGUAGUUACAAAUAUAUCUCUAAUGUCAUCAUUUUAUACAGACUACAAAUUGUGAGCUUAAACUAUGUUGUGUACUAAUUGGAUUCAUGUUAAACCCUAAAUAGUUCUUAUUCAGGCUCCAUUUGUUUACGAAAAUUAACCGAUGACACCUUGCCAUGAUGCAGCUUCGCUUGUGGAGGGGCAGCUCCCCCCGUUCCUGCACCUGUUUUAUUAUUUAUAUAAUAAUGUUAAACAGGGACCCUAACUCGCCGAGGCAAUUUUCAGUAGGGCCAUGGAAAAGUUAUCUUCAAAUUUAAUUUGAACCAGCCAUCAUAUCUCUUGAUUGUGAUGGCAAGCUUUUCAGUUCAUAUGGAAUUCAUGGAUUUUAACUUUCAUACCUAUUCCGUUCAUAUAGUACGAAAAUGGCUGCACUCAACCAUUUGUAGAAAUUGCUGACUUGGAUGAAUUUACCAAGUUCUUAUACCAUAUACCUGAUGUACAGAUACGCGAACUGCUUUGUUCUGACUGGAUCACUCAUAAAUAUAUGCUUCAUCCUUGUCCACCAGCUGUUGUUGAGUGGCUAUUUCAUAUUCUAUGUUAUCACUUGGAUAACCACACAGUCAAAGCCAGUUAUAAUGCAUUGUGGUCAAUAUUAAAUCUCGGAGAUAAUAAGGUAUGAAUGUCAUAUGUUUGGCGCAACCAGGUGUAUAUUGUAUUAUUAUAUACACAAGGUCUGGAUAUGAGGUGUUCUGCAAUCUGAUUGGUUCUCUGCUAGCAGGAUAUAAUUAGCUCAUAUCUCAUAUCCUGCUAGUAGAGAAAAACAAAAUGGCGGCUCAAACUGAAUUUCCGACAUUUUGCGAACGAGAAAACGGCAAGUUGUUCGCUUUUUAUAGCCUUUACAGGAUUAGAAACACAACGAAAAAACUCCCACAAGUUGUUUGCAGGUUAGCAAAUGAAUGUUUAAAAUUUAAAAUGGUUAAAAAUAUAUAUUUUUGAAAAAAUACUCGACCGAAAGAGCGAAGAUAAAAACAUGAACAAAAUAGAAAAACAUUUAUUUUGUAAACUAAAUUCAAGAAUUCCGAUCUGAAGGUUAAUAUUUUGUUUAAUUUGCAAAUUAAACAAAAUAUUAACCUUCAGAAUCGGAAUUCUUGAAUUUAGUUUACAAAAUAAAUGUUUAUAAUGAACGAAGGUGAAAGUUUUAGAAGAAGAAGGAAAAAUAUUGAAAAUAUUCGAAAAGCAAAGUCUGUGAAUCCAGACCUUGUGUAUAUAAUAAAACAGUUAUUCCACUCACUCUCGUCGAAUAUGAGCGAUAGCCGAUUCGGUGCUACGCGCCUCAUCGGCUAUCAGCUCAUAUUCGACUCGACUUUGUAGAAUAAUUGUUAAAUAGCAGACCACUGAUCUCAAAACUGUAACUGGAUGUGCCAAUGAAGCCCAUGGCGACCGUAUUAAAUGCGUACGAUCAGAAAUUGUGGCAACAAAAUUGACACGUUUACAUUUGCAAUUUUUGGUGCGAUUUCUUGUGCGAUUUUCUUCCUCUGAUGCAUAUGAAUGAGUAAAUAAGGUAUGAAUGUUCUGAGUAUAUGUCUCACUGAUCUACCCUCAUCUGAACAUUCAGAACUUAUCCACUCGUUCACAUCCAUCAGAAGAAGAAAAUCGCAGCAGAAAUUGCAAGUGUAAACAGGCCUUAAGAUGAGUUGAAGGAUUUUUGUAGAUGGACAUUUUGAUGGAAAUUUUAUACAUUUAUUAGACCUAACCAGGAGCAGUUUUGAAUACUUCAACUACCUGGCGAUCCAGGUGCAGCGCUCUAACCAACUGAGCUACAGGACUCUGUUGUCGAGCUCCAAAACCGUACCUUCAUGCAUGUAUACUAAUACGAGUGCUUGAUAACUGGCCUCUGUAGCUCGGUUAGUGCUCUGCACCGGAAUCGCAGGGCGCAAGUUCGAUUCCUGCCAGUAGUCGUAUUUUUCGCAACUGCUCAUGGUUAGGUCUAAUAAAUGUAUACAAGAGUGUAGAUGGCUACAAAUCCCUUCAAUAAUUAGUUCUAUUGAGUGAGAUGCCCAGGAUACUGAUAUUUAGAUGAGCAGCUGCAUCUUAACUCAGCAUGCGUACAGUAUAUACAUGCAUACUUACAUGUACUGGAUAUUAAUGAAGUCAAUUUCAAAAUUAUUUCACAAAUUAGUUUUCGAUCAGAAUAGACCCAAAAACAAUUUUAGGUAACUCAAGAAUAAUUAAAACCACCAUAAUGUUUUAAGAUUUUCUAAAAAUACAAUCGUUUAGCAGCUUUCAUUAAAAUUAUAGUACGUUCAGUCACGUAUAUAUAUUAAGUUCAAAACUGUCUCUAUUUCAGGAGAAGCGCAAAGUGCUUUCAUGGAUACCUUCUGUUCAAAAUGUGAUAAAAGUUUUCAAGAAUUACGGAACUAACCUUACUUCACUAUUGACGAAUGUUUCUGAAAGCAUAGAUAUUGGGGAAAAUAUGGAAUUGGUCGGUAGAAACGACGCUCAUACAGAUACGAAGUAAGUAGAAAAUAGCA